UCCUCCUCCUCCUCAGUGAAGGCUGCACAGCUGGCAAUUUACAGACGAUAAGUCUGAGAGGAGUAAUUGGCUGCUCGGUGGAUCACUGCUCUGCUAAUCUGACCCGGGUUUGAUGGAGGAGAUGAUUUAACACAAGUCCCGGGAUAUUUCUUCAUCUGUAGUCUUCGGAGUUCCGUCUGUGACCUCCUGGAUCAGCAGCUCCUCCGUCUCCACUGGAACCGUUAUCACCUCCUCAUACUGGGACCAUAAGCUGAAAUCAUGCAGAAGUCCAGACGCACGUUAGCGUUCAGCUUCCUGUUAGGGUUGUGGUUACCUUACUGUUUGGCCCAGACCACACCGUCAAACCGAGCCACCCGGAUGCCCACGCGAGCAGCCACGCUGUCACCCACACGAGCAGCCACGCCGUCACCCACACCGUCCCCGUCCCCCCAGGCCCAGACCGAGCGGCUAAAGGUCAGACUGUCUGGAUACCCCCGAAAACACAACGAGGGUCGGAUAGAGCUUUUCUACAAGGGAGAGUGGGGGACCAUCUGUGACGAUGACUUCUCCAUAUCUAACGCCAACGUGCUCUGUCGCCAACUGGGCUUUGUCUCAGCCACGGGAUGGACACACAGCGCCAAAUACGGCAAGGGACAAGGGAAAAUCUGGCUGGACAACGUGCUGUGUAACGGAGGUGAGAAGAGCAUCGAGCUCUGCAAGUCUCGCGGCUGGGGAAACAGUGACUGCACUCAUGACGAGGACGCCGGAGUCGUGUGCAAAGACGAGAGGAUUCCUGGCUUUGUGGACUCAAACGUGAUUGACGCUCAUGUCAAUGAGAACAAGGUAGAGGAGGUGCGACUCCGGUCCGUGGUCACCAUGUCCAGGAAGAAGCUGCCUGUGACGGAGGGCGUGGUGGAGGUGAGGUACAAAGACGGCUGGGCGCAGAUCUGUGACCUGGGAUGGACGAUCAAAAACACACGUGUGGUCUGCGGCAUGCUGGGAUUCCCUCAUGAGAGGAAGGUCAACAAGAACUUCUACAAACGUCUGAAAAAGCGAGCGGCUGAGAAGGUCCCCAGGCCAAAGGUUAAUGUUUCAGCCGGUGGAAGGCACACAUCCAAAGCUAAAGCUAACUCUAAGUCUAAACAGAGCAGCGCUGGCAAAAGGUUAUAUUUGGAGCGUCAGAAGAACUUCUACCACAUCCACUCUGUGGCGUGUACAGGCACUGAGGUCCACCUGGCAGCCUGCCCGCUGGAGUUCAGCAAACCCAACACCACCACGACCUGCGAGGGCGGCAUGGCGGCCGUCGUCAGCUGCAUGCCGGGGCCGCUGUUCAUGCAGAACAACGGCCAGAAAAAGAAACUGAAAACUUCGAGCAAUGUGAGGCUGAAGGGAGGCGCCAAGCUGGGCGAGGGUCGGGUGGAGGUGCUGAAAGACAACGAGUGGGGGACGGUGUGUGACGACCGCUGGGACCUGCUGUCCGCCAGCGUCGUCUGCAGGGAGCUCGGCUUUGGCAGCGCCAAGGAGGCUCUCACCGGAGCCCGCAUGGGACAAGGAAUGGGUCCGAUCUACAUGAACGAGGUGAAGUGUCUCGGCCAUGAGAAGUCCAUCUGGAACUGUCCCUUUAAAAACAUCACAUCAGAGGACUGUCAGCACAUGGAGGACGCCGCCAUCCGCUGCAACGUGCCCCACAUGGGCCUCGAGCACUCGAUCCGACUCACAGGAGGACGGACCCGUUACGAGGGCCGCGUGGAGGUGCUGGGCUCAGACUCUAACGGGACGCAGAGCUGGGGUCUGGUCUGUGGAGAGACCUGGAGCACCAAGGAGGCCAUGGUGGUCUGCAGGCAGAUGGGUCUGGGCUACGCUAACCAGGGUCUGCAAGAAACAUGGUACUGGGACAGCAGCAAUGUGACAGAGAUGGUGAUGAGCGGCGUGAAGUGCACAGGAAACGAGAUGUCUCUGAGUCAGUGCCAGCAUCACAAAACUGUCAGCUGUCAGAAGGCGGCGGCGAGGUUUGCAGCUGGAGUCAUCUGCUCUGAGACGGCCUCUGACCUGGUCCUGAACGCCUCUCUGGUCCAGGAGACGGUUUACAUCGAGGACCGUCCUCUGCACAUGCUCUACUGCGCUGCUGAGGAGAACUGCCUGUCAAAGUCUGCAGCCAAGGCCAACUGGCCGUACGGACACCGACGCCUGCUGCGCUUCUCCUCCCAGAUCCACAACAUCGGUCGGGCCGACUUCAAACCAAAAGCUGGGCGCCACUCGUGGGUCUGGCACGCCUGCCACGGACACUACCACAGCAUGGAUAUUUUCACUCACUACGACUUGCUGAACGCAAACGGCACCAAAGUAGCCGAAGGACACAAAGCCAGUUUCUGUCUGGAGGACACCGACUGUCAGGAGGGUGUUUCUAAACGGUACGAGUGCGCCAACUUUGGCGAUCAGGGCAUCACUGUGGGCUGCUGGGAUUUGUACCGUCACGACAUCGACUGUCAGUGGAUCGACAUCACAGACGUCAAACCUGGAAACUACAUCCUGCAGAUUGUGAUCAAUCCAAAUCACGAAGUGGCUGAGAGCGACUUCACCAACAACGCCAUGAAAUGCAACUGCAAAUAUGACGGCCAUCGAAUCUGGCUCCACAACUGUCACAUCGGUGAUGCGUUCAGUGAGGAGGCAGAGAGGAGGUUUGAGAAAUACCCCGGACAGCUGAAUAACCAGAUUCCUUAAUAAUGUCACAACAGUUCUGAGACCUGGAGGUUGGAGGGAUAAAAACACACCUCACAAGCUCAGACAGCUUUUUGUUUUCAGGUACCAGCAUGUACCCUCCCCCCCCCCCCAACCCACAUGUCUGGUCUGAUUCAGAGUCAUGACAGAAGCCAACAGUGUCCCCUGCAGUGAAUGUGUGUUUUUAUAUCUGAGUUAUUAUACUUGAAUAUUCAAGUGCUUAUGUUUUUCUUUUCUCAGUCUAAUGUGAGCUAUGCUUUAUUUUUAUUACAGAAUAGUGUUGAGUGUUGUGAAUGUUCCACGUUAUGAAUGAGGUGUUAUUUUUAUUUUUAUAACCAGUCUGGAACAAACAGGUUCAGAACUACCUGAGGUGUUAGCGUUAGCUUUAACACAUUUACUAACGGAGGCAUUAACAGGAACAAAUGCAGCUCUGUGGACAUCUUACUGGUCUUUACUGGGACUUCAUACUGGGACAGAAGAGACUCAGGUGCCUUAGUGUUAAACAUUAAUUAUUACCUAGACUGAAGUUUUUUACAUUAAUAACUGGUCAGUAUUCUUGCUCACUGAAAUGGUUUUGCCUCCACAGUUUCAAUAUUUUGUGAAUGUAUUUAUUGCUUAUAUCAAGGUGCUGAGGAGCGACACUUUGUUAGCGUCAGUUUCAAGAGCUUUGGAGUUUAAAGUCGUGUGUAGCUUUAGUCUGUAUGUGUUGUUAUUAAUAGUCAUGUAGGGUCAGAACAUAGAUAUUAUCGGGCAAAGACAAAAAACUACAGUCAUUGUAUGCUGAUGUAAUCACACCCGCUGCACCCAAUAAAAGGAGA